GCGGCUACCCUCUGCUACCAAGCUGGUUGUACUAGUAGAUUGUAUCUGGACGGCCUACUAUGGCGAGCACGAUGAGUACGAAGCUGAACAUGGACGGCAUCAUGCUGUUUGAGGAGCCAUUUGUUCGAGUUCCGUACGAGAACUAUCGCAAGGUCUUCCGCGCGUCGCAGCGGCAUGUCGAAAAAGAUCUGUCGGGGGUGCAGAAAGCUGCCAGUGACAUCGAGAACCGAUGGCGCGCAGGUGGCCAUGACGUCGACGAAGCAGUCAAGUCUGUCCAGGCCAUGAUUGGGCGGGUAGAGGGUCUUAAACGAAAGCUGUCCGACCUUCAUGAUACAUCCGGUAAACCUACGCAAGAUGUCAUGCGCGAGCGCCUCAAGUACCUAGGUCAAGUGGAGACUAUGCAGAGCGCCGACGGACAUGAAUUCGCCCAAUGGUCGGAUGUCCGACUCGAUCGAUGGUUAGUAGACUGGUCUUUGCGUAGGGGGAGGGAGAAAAGCGCGAGGAAGAUAGCCCAGGAGAAGGAGAUCCAGAAACUAGUGGACAUCGAUUUGUUUACCGAUAUACACCGGAUAGAAACUGCUCUAGAAGGACAUAGCUGUACGGAGGCUCUCGCGUGGUGCAGCGAGAACAAGUCCGCGCUCCGCAAAGCGAAGAGCACACUGGAGUUUGAUUUACGCCUCCAAGAAUACAUCGAGCUAUGCCGUGCAGGUAAAGCGGUCGAAGCGAUCGCGUAUCUCAAGAAACACCUCACAUCAUGGCAAGACACACACUUGGCGCAAAUCCGACAGGCCUCAGCCUUGCUCGCCGUCUCGCCCUCUACAAAGACUGGGUCAUAUAAGCGUCUCUACGACGUCGCACGCUGGAAGACGCUGGUCCAGGCGUUCCGCCUUGCCGUAUACAGCCUCAACACGUUACCAACCGAGCCGCUGUUUCACUACGCGCUGAGCGCGGGCCUCGCCUCCCUGAAACUGCCCGCAUGCUACGACCCCGCCUCGAAGAACGCGGACUGCCCCGUCUGCGACCCGGCGCUGGGACAGCUUGCGAAGGAGGUGCCCUUCAGCCACCACGUGAACUCCACGAUCGUGUGCCACAUCACGGGCAAGGUCAUGGACGAGGAUAAUGCGCCGAUGGCGUUCCCCAACGGCUAUGUCUAUUCGCGAGAGGCGUUGGAAGACAUGGCUGCAAAGAAUGAUGGGAUCGUGACGUGCCCCCGCACCAAUCAUAGUUGCGAGUUUUCGGCAUUACGAAGGGUAUACAUUUCGUGAUCGCCUGCAGCUGUCGAUUCGGGAUGCAUCGACUAUAAUUUUGUGAGUGCGGAUGCUGGGUGUGUAUGUCAAAUGUAUGUAGUUUUAUUCUCGCAACGCACGCUAGCAACAGAGGUGUACUAUGUCAAGUUUCUGUCAAACCUACGCCACUUUAAC